UGGCUAAAAGUGUGGCAGGCGAAAUCCAGUCCAGGCACCUCCCUCCCGGGUCAACCCUGCGGCCGCGCGUGCGGCGGGUAGCAGAUCAGAGAGCUGCGCUAGUUGCUGCUGCUAUGGCUGCACAGUGUGUCACUCUGGGCAUCGACCUGGGCACUACGUCCGUGAAGGCAGCCUUGCUGGAGGCCGCACCCAGCCGCCCAUCCGGGUUCGUGGUACUGGCGAGCUGCGCCCGCCCCUCGCGAGCAGAUGCAGAGAGCAAGGCGGCCGUGCCCCAGGGGCGGGAGCAGGAUGUGAGUAGGAUCAUCCGAGCCCUAAACGAGUGCCUCGCUGCUCUUCCUGGGCAGCAGCUCCGGAAAGUCGGGGCCAUUGGAGUGUCAGGACAGAUGCAUGGCGUCGUAUUGUGGAACGCAGGCCAAGGCUGUGAAUGGGUGGAGGGCAGUGCUGCCCCCAUGUUUGAGGCCAGAGCUGUGAGUCACCUGGUUACCUGGCAGGAUGGCCGGUGUAGCAGUGAGUUCCUGGCUUCUCUGCCCCGGCCAUCAUCCCAUCUCAGCGUGGCCACUGGGUUUGGCUGUGCAACCAUCUUCUGGCUUUUGAAAAACAGUCCAGAGCUCCUGCAGUCCUACAGUGCAGCUGGCACCAUCCAAGACUACGUGGUUGCCAUGCUGUGUGGCUUGCAAAGACCCCUGAUGUCUGACCAGAAUGCCGCUAGCUGGGGAUAUUUCAACACCCAGAGCCAGAGCUGGAACUUGGAGAUACUGAGGAGCUCAGGCUUUCCUGUCCACCUGCUCCCUGACAUUGCCCAGCCAGGCAGUGUGGCAGGCAGAACCUCCCACACAUGGUUUGAAAUCCCAAAGGGGACGCAGGUGGGCGUGGCCAUGGGUGAUUUACAGGCCUCUGUCUACUCUUGCAUGGGCCAGAAGACAGAUGCAGUUCUCAACAUCAGCACCUCGGUUCAGCUGGCAGCCUCUAUGCCCUCAGGAUUCCAGCCGGCGCAGACUCCAGACCCUGUAGCCCCUAUCGCCUACUUCCCCUACUUUGACAAGACCUACCUGGGUGUGGCAGCAUCACUCAAUGGGGGCAAUGUGCUGGCCACGUUUGUCCACAUGCUGGUUCAGUGGAUGGCGGAUCUAGGCCUGGAAGUUGAAGAAACCACUGUGUAUUCACGGAUGAUCCAGGCAGCCGUGCAGCAGAGAGACACCUGCCUAACCAUCACCCCAACAGUGCUGGGGGAGAGGCACCUGCCAGACCAGUUGGCCUCGGUGACCAGAAUCUCCUCCUCUGACCUCUCCCUGGGACACGUGUCUCGGGCCCUGUGCAGGGGCAUUGUUCAGAACUUGCACUCCAUGCUUCCAUUUCAGCAGCUCAGAGAGUGGGGCGUGGAGCGCGUGAUGGGGAGUGGGAGUGCGCUGUCCAGGAAUGAGGUGCUGAAGCAGGAGGUGCAAAGAGCCUUCCCUUUGCCGGUGUCCUUUGGGCAAGAUGUGGAUGCAGCUGUUGGGGCGGCUCUCAUCAUGCUCAGGAGGAACCUCAACCAGAUGAACUCCUAGUCAACAAACUGUAGUCUCUUUGUAACUAUCAUUUUACAAGUUCUGUGAUUGCUGGAAGCCCUUAGAUUAGUGAUGGUGACCAUUUUAGAGCUUUCAGUGAUAAUGAACGGCCCGCUGCGGCACACGUGCCAGGGAUUCACCACAACUGGCUUAAAUGAGUUUGCCUUGUGGUGCUUGUUGCAUUUCAGAUAUUAAAUAAAGCUCAUUCUUUCAGA